AAUCACCAAACAGCCACAAUAGAAAAAAUGGAGGGCUUCUUUUCGGGAAUCGGUUCUGCUCCUUCUCUCGGGUCCCAUUCUUUGCUCAUCCGUUCCUCAUGCUCUGUUAGCUCCGUUCUUGAACUGAUGGCCUGACAUCCAGUAAAGAAGAGGAAGCUUCGCAGAAGGAGGGCUUGAAGGAAGACUAAAAACAGGGAAAGGAGCGGCCACAAAAGAAAAGAAGGGAAGAUUUGGUUUUCUUUUAUUGGGUUCUACCAAUUUGGUGGUCUGGAUAGCUGUUCGGACGCUUCCCGGGGGAAUCUUCUGGGUGAUCGGUGUUUUUGCCGAAGUUUUGCCUCGGUGAAGAAGGGCCGCUGGGAUGUGAAAACCGGAGGGAAACGGGAUCUGCUGGUGGCUUCUGAUUGCUCUUGCUUUAGGUAAUUUUCUGAAACAGGGGUUUUGGGAGAUAGUGAGGGUGAUACUUUCUUCCGAAUUUACCCUUUUUCCUGAAAUUUCCGCUUAGGUUUUCCUUUUUCUCUUUAAUGUUCUGUGAUGCGUUGAUGAUUUGUGUUUGAAUUUGUAUGAGAUUGUUGAGAGAUAAAUGAUACUCAGUAAAUUGUUAGAUUUGUUAUCUAUUAUGCCAUAAUUGUUUGUUGGAUUUGGAAUUGGAAGCACGCAUUCCUCGGAAUUUAUUGCCUGUGUCAAAUGAACCCUUCUUUCUAUCUUUAUCAAGCCAAUAGUGAUUUGAUGGACUAGUGUUGACUUUGUUUUGAAUGGUGGCUUUAUUUUGUGUCUGAAUAUGAGCACUAAAAGGAGUCUACCGUAAAAUUUUGUAUAAUUGCUCAGCUCUUUUGUUUUCUUCCCGUACUGACGUUGAUAUUAGUUGAUUUAGGAUUAGGAAAGAUUGAUAUCUAAACUCUCAAUCAUGCCGAAGUUUAGUAGAAAAGGAGAAACUCUCCCCUCUUAUUUUCCUUAGUUUUCAAACUAUUUGAUCUUUAUCUCCAUAGACCAAUUAUCAUGAUAAAUAUUAUUUUGUGGAGAAUGGUAGAAACCAAUUAAAUCAGGUUUGAUCAA